GGAGGCGGUGCGGCUCCGAGGGGACCCCGCUGGCGCGGAGCGGGGCGGUCCGGGCGCCGGGGCGGUCCCUGCGGGGUGGGCGGGGCCCGACGGGCGCUCUGUGUGGCCGCGGCCAUGAAGCCGCAGCCGCCGGGCUAGGCCCCGGGCGGCGCUAGCCCAGGGCGGCCCGCGGAGGGCUGAGCCCGGCCGCCGGCUCCGGUUCCCGGGCCGGCGGGCGGCCGCUCACCAUGCCCGGCAAGCACCAGCACUUCCAGGAACCCGAGGUCGGCUGCUGCGGGAAAUACUUCCUGUUUGGCUUCAACAUUGUCUUCUGGGUGCUGGGAGCCCUGUUUCUGGCCAUCGGCCUCUGGGCCUGGGGUGAGAAGGGCGUUCUCUCCAACCUCUCGGCGCUGACAGAUCUGGGAGGCCUUGACCCCGUGUGGCUGUUUGUAGUAGUGGGAGGCAUCAUGUCUGUGCUGGGCUUUGCUGGCUGCAUAGGGGCUCUCCGGGAGAACACCUUCCUGCUCAAGUUUUUCUCCGUGUUCCUUGGCCUCAUCUUCUUCCUGGAGCUGGCGACAGGGAUCCUGGCCUUUGUCUUCAAGGACUGGAUUCGAGACCAGCUCAACCUCUUCAUCAACAACAACGUCAAGGCCUAUCGGGACGACAUUGACCUCCAGAACCUCAUUGACUUUGCUCAGGAAUACUGGUCUUGCUGCGGAGCCCGAGGGCCCAACGACUGGAACCUCAAUAUCUACUUCAACUGCACUGACUUGAACCCGAGCCGGGAGCGCUGCGGGGUGCCCUUCUCUUGCUGCGUCAGGGACCCUGCGGAAGAUGUCCUCAACACCCAGUGCGGCUACGAUGUCCGGCUCAAACUGGAGCUGGAGCAGCAGGGCUCUAUCCACACCAAAGGCUGUGUGGGCCAGUUCGAGAAGUGGCUGCAGGACAACCUGAUCGUCGUGGCUGGGGUCUUUGUGGGCAUCGCCCUCCUCCAGAUCUUCGGUAUCUGCCUGGCCCAGAACCUCGUGAGCGACAUCAAGGCAGUGAAGGCCAACUGCCGUGACCUUGACCCUGCCAGGAGCCCACUUUGGCCUCAGCGUCUCAGAUUCUAACCUGGGUCCAAGAAUUUUCUCUCCCUUGCUUGCCUCUCAGGAUCAAACAUGAUGAUGGCUACAAACUACUCAAAUAAACAAAACCUUGAAAGCACUGGCUUCCACCCACCGUCUUGGAGGUUCUGUCAGCGCAGGGCUUCGGCAGAGCUCUCCGCCUGGGGCCUGGCCCAGCCCACCCUGCCAGCGCGUGUUCUCGGCCUGGGUGGUGUAUACAUUCAAGCCAAGCUUUAACACUUGGUCUAUUUCACAUGAAAGUCCAGAUCUCUGGCUUCUUGUGAAGAUUGGCCAUCUGGCCACAGUGGCUCUUCAGUGACGACGUCUCCUGGGACAUGCGCUUCCUGUUCCCUGAGGCCCCCUGGCUCAUUCUGCUCGCCUGAGUGCGGUGCCUGACCUGGUAGCCUGGGGUUGGCCUCCCACGCCUCUGUAGGGUUAUUCCCUGUCGACACUGUGGGGCUGCUGUGGGCCAAGCCCGGGGUGAGGCCCAGGAAUGUGAAGAACGGGAGGCUGGACCCUGUGCUGAAGAGACAGCCUGGGAGGGGUCUGGCCCUCCUGGGACUGAGAGGCUGCCCGUGUGCCCAAGACUGUGGCGGAGGGGUGGGAUAGACAUCAGGAAGGCUUUUGGAAGGAAGCAUCUGGAAGCCCAGAGCUAGGCACCCCUGGGGUUGGGAGGAGAUUGAUUUGGGGGCCAUGGAUGGUUGACUCCUCGGCCCUAGCUUGGAACUGUCUUCCUGGUGGCCUGCAGCACUGCCUCCUGGCCACCAGAGGGCGCGCCAGCACAGCUUUCCUGGUCGGGCUCGGUGGGCCGAGCGUCUGCUGCGGCCCUCCUGGUACUGCCGGUGCUCUGGGCUUUGGGGAGCUGGAAGACUUCUAAAGCAGCGCACUGGCCCAGACUUGGAGUAUGGCUGCUGCUCUCAGCUCUGCCUCCUAGCUGCGUGAAGGGCUGUGUGUGGAGUGGCUGUACGCACCCCGCCCCGGGCUGCCCCUGGUGGAGGAGAGGAGGGGUUGGAGCUAGUUCCAGUCUCCAACUCGGAUGCCCUUGGAGCCAGGCAGGUUAUAGAAGCGAAUGACGUAGGCCUUUGAGUUGUGAGGCCUUUGCAGUGCGACUUUGACUUUCCUGCUGUUACUGCAGACGGACACAGAGACAUGGCUUUGGGACAAGAGAAGUAUCUGCACAAUCAAGUUGUAAUGGCAACUGGCCUUGAGAGACAAUAGGGUGUGGUGGGGACUGUGGCAAAGCACAGGUCCCCACCUGAAGUUGGCGGCUGUCAUUGAAUUGUAGCUAAGUGCUGUAAAGUGAGAAUGCGGGCUAAUGCCAGGAAUCUGGAGAAACCAGAAAUCCAGAUUUUUAUGUGAGAUGUCCUGAUUUUUAAGUUGUUGGCAACUAAUUAAAAAAAUUUUAAAACCCUGCAAGCUGAACGACAGGCUUGGGGCCCCGCUUUGGCCCCUGUGCCCCAUAGGUCCCUUUGGGACAGUCACCCGCAGGGCCCUGGCUGCUCUGCCAUUCAGGGAUGCCGGGAGCUGCUGCAGGGGCAGUGUGUGGGGCACGCACUUUGCGCUGUGGCUCCCAGACACAGGCGGGACAGUGUCCUGGGGUUCCUGACAGGCACCGGCGUGGGCGGUGUCUACGCCUGACAAUAAAUGCGGCUCACAAUGCUGCA